CAGCUCGGCGAAUAUCGUCCCGAUAAAUAAAGUACAGGGGGAUAUUUAAGGAUGGCCGGGGCGAUGCUGUCCAAUUAUUCCCGGUGCGUGCCUCGCGCUCUGUUUCGCAUCGUAUCUUCGCCCACGACGAACGCCAGGGCGGCGAGAUCGCUUCAUCAACGACGUGGCAAAGGUCGAGUGCUAGCCGCAAUCUCUGGAGAGCAGCAGUUUCCCGAAGGAACGAAGGCGGCAGUAUGUACGAAAAAUAACUUCAAUCAGCAUUGGAAAACGCACGUCAGGCAUAUCAGGUCUACAUCGUCGUUGUGGGAGCUGAAAGAUGUGACUGUACCUCCAUUCGCUGAGAGUGUAAGCGAAGGUGACGUCAGAUGGGAUAAGAAAGCUGGGGAUCAAGUGAAGGAGGAUGACGUGCUUUGCGAAAUUGAGACUGACAAAACUUCCGUCCCAGUCCCUACGCCCGUUUCUGGCGUCAUUAAGGAGAUAUUUGCCAAGGAUGGAGACACCGUUAAGGCUGGUCAAAAAUUGUGUUCAAUCGACGUUGGAGCUAGCGGUGGAGCCGCGCCUGCUGCUGCGAAAGCGGACGCACCAAAACCAACCCCUCCCCCUCCUCCUCCAAGCCCUGCAGCAGCUGCACCCAAACCCGCAGCUCCAACACCCCAACCAACUCAGGUAACCCCCCCACCUCCUCCUCCUAAACCUACAACUCCACCCGCCUCGCGACCUCCUACACCUCAGGCACCGACAGCAUCGAUGCCUGUUGCUGCGAUAAAACACGCCCAGUCCCUAGAGGGAGCGAGAGUUCAGCUACCACCCGAGGACUACAGUCGUGAAAUUAUCGGCACAAGAACGGAACAACGAGUGAAGAUGAACAGGAUGCGGCUGCGCAUAGCAGAGAGGCUAAAAGAUGCCCAAAACACGAACGCGAUGCUAACAACGUUCAAUGAAAUCGACAUGAGCCAGAUAAUGGAAUUCCGCAAGGCGAACCAAGAAAUGUUCAUGAAGAAGUAUGGACUCAAGUUGGGAUUCAUGAGCGCAUUCAUAGCGGCAAGUUCAUACGCUUUGAAAGACCAGCCGGUUGUUAACGCGGUGAUAGAUGGCAACGAGAUCGUCUACAGGGAUUUCGUCGACAUCAGCGUUGCCGUUGCAACACCUAAGGGUCUGGUUGUUCCUGUACUCCGCAGCGUUGAGAACAAGAACUUUGCAGAGAUAGAAAUAGCGCUCGCCGCUCUCGGAGACAAGGCCAAGAAGGGUAAAAUAUCCGUCGAAGACAUGGACGGCGGCACAUUUACUAUAAGCAAUGGCGGUGUCUUCGGUUCUCUUAUGGGAACGCCGAUAAUAAAUCCACCGCAGAGCGCGAUUCUCGGUAUGCAUGGCGUUUUCGACAGACCGAUAGCAGUGAAAGGACAGGUCGUUAUUCGACCAAUGAUGUACAUCGCACUGACGUACGAUCAUCGACUGAUCGACGGACGUGAAGCGGUAAUGUUCUUGCGCAAAAUAAAGAACGCAGUAGAAGAUCCUCGAGUAAUAUUAGCAGGUUUGUAAUUUCUGGGGUUGUAAACAAAGAAAGAAAAGACGGGAAAUUCUUCAUCCCGAAACGAAAUGAACGAUAAACAAAAACAAGGAGUAAGAAAGAAAGUGACAAAGAAUGAAAAAAGUAAAAAGAAGAAUUUGUUGAUCUUUUUUAACGUGCCUCUCACCCCGUCUCUCAUACAUAAAAUACGUGCACACAUGAUACGUGAAUAUUUUGUAUAUAAUACCGUGUAUUAUAUAUGUAUGCACAUAUUCGUUUUCUUCUCAAUCAAACAACAAAUAUCGCAAUACCAUAAUUUCAUACAUACACCACAUGGAAGUGAGAAUCGCCACCGUCGGGCCAACUGCCUAAGUGAUAGUCGAGUAAAGUAAUAUGUAUUCUGAAUCGCUUUCAGCCGAGAGAUAAAAAACUCUAGCUUUAUAUAUAACGUAUACGUACGUUGUUAUUGUUAUUGAUAUUAUUAACGUAGGUUCUAAUUGAAAGAAAAAAAAAAUGAAGAAGAGAAUAGUUAAAAAAACAAAAUCCAAGAUACCUGAUAGCAAAAAAAUACUGACAAAGUAACCAAAAAUUCGUUUCUGACUUCAAACGAUCCUGGUUCUCUCGAACAAAUUUGAUCAAUUCUUUUUCACUAUUUCCAUAUGACAUCGAACGAACAGAACGAAUUAUAAAAUGCAAUAAUCUAAUUUUGAAAACGAUGUCGUUGCCAAUUGCUGUUUUUUUUUUUUUCCUUUUUUUACUUAACUUUUAACGCUUAUCACAAGCUGUUGUAUAUAAUGUAACAAAAGAGAAAAAUAUGUGUUAUUUAAAUCGAAAAAAUACUCUGUGAUUGUAACUUGUGCGCAAGAAUGAAAACAAACUAAGGGUAAUGAGAGUACUAAUCUGAGAACAAGCCAAGGUGGCGGUGGUGGUGCAAUGGGUGUUUAUCAUCUCGUGAAUAAAUAAAUAAAUAAAUAAAUAAACGAAUGUGAAAUUUGUGUUAAUUUGGCUGGAGCCACAGAUGUGAACACCGUCGUUUUUAGCAUAGAAAGAAGAAAAACAAAAAAUUGUAUUCUUAACCAAGUAUUGGUCAAAGUUAAUUUUGUCAGCGAAGUUACGAGUAUUCAUAGUUGAAGUAAUCGAUUUCAAAAAUCACAUCAGUGAUGACGAUUGUAGUUCUCAUUUUAUUUAUUGCAUAUAAAUAAUAAUAAUAAUAAUAACUACACGCAUAAGUAUAGAAGAUAUAGUUGGUAAACAGUAAAUCCGAAAGGAAAAUGAAAACGAUGAAACAAAAAAUAUGUCAUAAAUGAAAAUAUUUAAACGAUAAUUUGAAACGUAUACGGAUGAUACGUUCGGGAUCAUAGAUAUAAAUUCUGUUCGCAAAUUUAAUAUAUUCGUCUCUGAUAUCAGAGUUGUGUACCCUUGAAAAGUGAAAUCAAUAACAAAUACACAAACUGAUCUACAUCAA